AUGGAGAUCAUCUUCUGCGUCUUGGUCAUUUUGGGUCUGGCCUACAGCGCCCCGGCCACCGCCAAUGAUGUUGUUAUGCACGUCAAGAUGGACGUCAACGAGGUGUUCCCCGAGGAGCUGUUCAAGAUCCUAACCCCGGAGCUCCAAGAUUUCUUCAAGAGCCUCGAGGUGCAGGACAUCAUGAGCUUCACCGUCCUGGGCAAGGAGAAGGCCAGCCUGAAGACCCCGAAUCAGGCCCUGGAAGCCCUGAAGAGAACAAACGAGGAGACGUACAAGAAGGUCAACAAGCUCGUCGAGGCCUACAAGAAGCGAUUCGCCGAUUUGACGCCUGGAGCGAGGAAGCUGCUCGAGGACUCGAUUGUCACCGGUGAUCUCGGCACGAUGGAGGUGUCAAAGUUGGCUGGAGGCGAUCCGGGACAGAAAGCCAAAAACUUCCGUGAAGCCCUGCUAAAAGCUUCGGAUGCCGACAAGCAAUCAAUGCAAAAGCAACUUCCGCUGCUUUACAAGCUGAUAACCGACCCGGAAAUCCUCGAUCGCCUGCGACCGGAAAUGGAGCGCAACGUCAAAAAGUACCUGACCAAAUUCGGCGCCGGUGGUUUGCAGGAUGAUCAACUU